GAGUAUCAACCACGCCGCAGCCGCAAAUCCUCGUCAACGACGCCGCAGCCGCAGAUCGUCGUCAACGUCGCCGCAGCCGCAGCCGCAGAUCCUCCUCAACGCCCCCGCCGCAGAUCCUCGCGACCCAUUUUCACCAACCGUCUGCUGCCGCACCGGUGUUUCUCUGCGGAACUAAGAUUUCUUCUGUCUCUCUAUGCCUCAUCGAUGAAGACUAUCGCAGUGCAUUUGUUCGCUUUUGCGGCCGUAGCAUCCCAUCUUCUUUGCUGAAAAAACUGUUGGUCUUUCUGGAGAAUGUAUAUGUUUCUGAAUUCUCAUUGAUCCGCUAUCAUUCAAUCCGAAUGUAUGAAGAGGACACGUGGAUAGAGGUUGCAAGUAUUUGGAUGGGAAGUCGUUGAUAUUGCUUACUUGCAGCAACUUGUAAGUGGUUCCAACAUGUCAUCAUGAGUGAGUGUCUAAAGCACGCUUUUUGUGUGACCUUGAGGUUUCUAAUCCUGGAAAAGUGGGUUGCAAAUGGAUCAAGCUAUAUGCUACAACCUUCGGUUACUAAUUACUUUCAUUUAACACUUCCUAAUAAUCUAUGCACCGACAAUGAAAUCAUUUUUUUUCAAUCUCAUGAAUUGCUCAAAUAUUGGUAGAUUUCUUUGAUAUUUUUUUAGUUGCAUUCAGGUACAACUGGAACCUACUUCUUAGUGGGCAUUGCUCGCCUUGAACGCUGUUUGAUGAGACUCGCAGUAAAAAUCAUGAUGAUUUGGAAAGUGGCAAACUAUAGAAUGACAGAUCGAGAAAGGGAGACCAAGUUGAAGAAUUUCAGCCGCUUUGUGAAGUUGAGAGUGAUAAGGGUACCAUAGAAAUAACAAGUGGUUACAAGGGCUAGCUAUUGUUGAUAGAUACCACGUAUAAUUUUUAUGUGUGUAUACCUUCUGUCGAGAAGCAAUGGAGGAUGCCGAUGAAUUAUGCUACAACCCUCUUGAUUUUGAAGAGGAUAAAAGAGAUGAAUUAUAUGAAAUUCAUGAAAUGUUGGACAAAUAUGUAUGAUAUUUAUUGUAAACUUUUAGUGAAUAAAUUUACACCGUAUUUAUUGUAUAAUUUAAGUUUUUUUGGAAUGAUGAUUUUGAGUUGUUCGAAUAAAAAUUGAGAUUGUAGAAAC